UUGAUCUAUCUGGGGUUAAAAGAUUUGUUGCUUCAAAUUAUCAGUUCAUCUGCUAGACGUGAGCUUAUUAAAUAUGCAAGCCAGUCAAGGUGGCUGUGCCAUGAGAAUGAAUUCUGCAUAUGCGGCUGAAUUGUGUGUUGCAACUCUAUAGAGUUAGAUACACAACCAUAGUUCAGCUAGAAAGAUUCUUUUAUAGUAUCCACCCAAUGAAUUCUGUGAAGUUAUAAUUAUUAAGCAUUCAGCUAUAGAACAUUGGUGGUCUGUGGUCAACGAAAGAAUGGAAGUGCAUAUUGCUUUUUAAUCAGUGGAAUAAGGAUAUGAUGGGACCACCACUUUUCUUCUUAUUAGCUCACAAGAACGUGCCAAAUCAGGACAACAUGAAAGGUUCAACCAGACAAGUUUAAAACAAAGCUAAUAGGCUGAUCUGAUGUUGCAAAUCUCAUUCUGAAAGCUUUUGUCAGAUUCUAGGGCAAUACACUAGAAGUUUCGGCAGUUUAAAGUUCUACCAAGAGUCUGGGCAAGGGAAUAGUAUAGAGAAUGUCAGUAACUUCCUGCAGUGCAAAUUUCAGAGUUUUUGUUUUUGCACAUGGGAAAAACACUUCCUCAUGAAAACACUAGGAAUGGAGUCAAGUUCCCCAAGCCCAAUCACCAAUCCUUCCCAACCUCCACUUUGCAAGAGGUCCCUCCUCCAUUGUCUGUGACCGGUCUCAUGCCAGUUCAGAAUUUACAGCCAUCAGGAGUUUUCGUAAAGUGUAGAGCUUUUCUUUAUUCUUUUUGGGGUUCUUUGUCCUUGGAUUGCAGCAAUCUUGACCUGAGUUUUUCCAGAAUGGGCCUGCGAAGAUCUGCUUUUGAAUCUAGGGUGCUAUGGAGCAUCCUACUUUUUCUUCCGAAGAUCGACCGCUCCCAUCUGCAUCCUCGAGUUUAGUUUCUAAUACUCACAUUGGUUCCUGUGUGCGUUCUUAUGGCGUGUCAUUCUUUUUGUUUGUUUCUUUAUGGAACUUGGAUACGGCUAUCCACUGUUCCAGUAAAGUUUUGGCUAGAUAAGCCAAAUGUACAGAUAGAACCAACACUAGAAACUCAUAGUUAUUUAGUGUAACUAUACAGUGGCACCUCGCCAAGAUUACCCAUUAGCGAUUAAAAAUAUGAACAUAGAAAUGAGGAAGAGAAAGAGAGAGAGAGAGAGAGCAAAAGUGGAUCAACUCGACCAUCUUUUGCUGUGUUUUAGUGUGCAGAAUACUAUAUAAUAAGUUUUUCCAUGGUGUUCUAGAGCUGCUCUUGAUUUACAUGAAUUACUGGAGUGGAGAAUGUAAUAGAAUUACUGGUGUGCAGA